AUGCCCGCGAAAGGCUCGACUUCUUCCUCGCUGCUAAUACGGGCGAAGGGCUCCGGUUCCACAGCGGCACAUAACAGUCCGACGAUUCGCACUGCAGAUAUGGCUCCGGGGAGGGUGAUCUCUGCUGUUUACAAGAACCCACAUGCCACGUUUUUGCACAAAAUUCCAUACGGGCACAGCGCUGCUGAUGUGGCAGCUGGUGCUUUUCGCUUUGGCAUGAUAUAUGGCGCGUGGGCGCACGAAGAGGUUCGCGACGAAAAGGCUGAAAAAGACUUCAGAAAAGACACGGAUUGA